AUGAAGCUCAAAGUUAACGACUCUAAUCCUGGUCAAGUUUCUGUGGAACAUGAUCCAGCUCUACGUAGUGAGGUCCGCGACGACAAUCAACGAGAGUACUUGGUUGAACUUGGACCUUUUCAGCCGAGGUUACCUUGUUUCCCAACCAACCCAGAUAUACCUCAGGGGAAGCAGAAUCGUUUUUCACCACGAUGGUAUGACGAGUAUCCACAUUUGGAAUACAGCGUGGAGAAAGAUGCUGUUUUCUGUUUCGUGUGCUCAUUAUUCGACGACACACCUUCAAAGGAGAAGGCAGACCCCAGCUGGAAAACUACAGGCGUUAGAAAAUGGCAUAAGAUGAAAAGUGUUGGUAAGAGCAAGCAGGGAAAACUGGUCCAGCACUUCUCCUCCCAAAGUCAUAAAGCUUCUCUCGGUGCAUACUGUCACUUCCUGCAGAGGACAAAGCAUAUCGACAUCCAACUGGAUAAGGAAAAAAGGGCAGCGCAAAUUCAAGAAGCCCAAGAUUUGGAAUAUAACCGUCAAAUCAUUCUUAUCCUCCUGGACAUCGCAAAGACCCUUGCUCGCCAAGCUCUUCCAUUCAGAGGCGACAGCAAUGAAGACGGUAAUUUUUAUCAAUUGGUCCUUUUGCUCAGCAGACAUAUACCAAACUUAAAACGGUGGCUAACUGACAAAAGGCUGAACCCGUACCACGUCACCUACUUCAGUCCUCAGUCGCAGAAUGAGUUUAUCAUGUUGCUUGAAAAGGAACUGCGAGGAAAAGUAAUAGAAGAAGUUAAAUGUGCGGGUAUGUUUUCCGUUAUGGCAGAUACUACUCCGGACGAAGAGCACACGGACAGACUCUCCGUUGUUCUAUACGAUAUAUCAGCGCCACUGGAAAGCCAACUGAAAGAUUGCUGGAUCUUUCGAAGACGGAGGACAAGACAGGUCUUGGACAAGCACAAGACAUCCUGUCGACAAUAA